AUGUUUUGCAAACAGUUUCAAGGUCUUUUUAAUACAAAUUUUUUAAAAUGUGUACAUAUUCAGAGAUUUUCGGUUACUUUUGUGAAAACACAGAAAAUCAGAGGCCUUCCUUUCGAAAAGGUCAAGGCUCCCAAAACUGAGUGGUAUAAGAAGGCGGAGACUGAAUUUUUGGCAGAAAGAUCCUUGAUUCCUGAGGGAUAUGUUGGAAGAUGGAAUCAUGAAGACCUGAUUAAACUUGACCCACGAAUUCAAAAGGCUUUAAGUCUCAGGUGCGCCAGUGGCAGAGAAAUAAGGAGAGCACGGACAUUUAUUUUAAUGAAACACUUGCAAAAGCAGCCUUUCGACACCGGAAGCACUCCAGUCCAACUUGCCUGUGUAUCGGAAAAAAUAUUGAAUCUAAGGGCCCACUUGAUAAGGAAUCCAAAGGAUAACUGCCGCAAAAGAGCUAUGGCACUACUGCUAAGUAGAAGGCAUAAGCUGAUGAAGAGACUGUAUAAUGAGGACUUUAAACUGUAUGAACACUGCUGUAAAUUGCUAAAGCUUAAGUGUGUACUGUUUUCGACACCAGAUUCCAGGAAUAGAUCGAAGUCAAUCAAUCUAAUUGGAGUUGACGGAGACAGAUGUAAGUUUUUAAUAAGACAAAAGAUGUGGUGGGGAAGGUUCAGACCAAGGCCAAUAAAACUGCCAUCUGGUAAAAGAAUAGCAUACACGAGGCAUCCCAUAGAUUCGCCUCCUAAGGACUUCAAUGAGCCAAAAAAGCACCCAGACCGAGUAAGCGUAUCAUGGCCAUAUGGAGUGGAUCCCAGACGAGUCAGUGGAAGAUAUGUCAUUCAUAAUCCAACCGCAUCAGGAACAGGCUACAUCCCAGUGCCAAUCCUGACCUAA